CAGAGCUGGUGAGAUCGGACCGAGCCACCGACGCACUGACAGAGUUCGAGCGAGGGAUCGGAACCAGGAACCUGAGCGAAGUAUAAGACGUCUGGGCCAGGUGCCCAUCUCAGGUGUCCUCGGCCCAAGAUGCGGUAGGAGAGGCGCGCACGAGAAACCCCAUCCCUGGAGCUACCAACCCGUCACCCAGACCAUGGCGAACCCCACCGGCCUGGGAUUGCUCCUGGCGCUGGGCCUGCCUUUGCUGCCGGCCCGCUGGGGUCGAGCCUGGGGACAAACCUCAACAGCCCCACCUACUUCUGCCAAUGGCAGUAGCACUGUUACAGAUGCUGGCCCGGCCCUGUCUCAGGAAGCCAUCACUGCUAUCACUGUGGUCUUUUCCAUCCUGGCUGCCCUGCUCCUGGCUGUGGGACUGGCACUGUUGUUGCGGAAAGUUUGUGAGAAGCGGCAAACUGAGGGCACCUACCGGCCCAGCAGCGAGGAGCAGUUCUCCCACGCAGCUGAGGCCCAGGUCCCCCAGGACUCCAAGGAAAAGGUUCGGGGCUGCCUGCCCAUCUAGGUCCCCUCCUCUCCAUCCAUUCCCCUACUUCUUUGCUGUGUGACCUUGGGGGAAUGAAGGCAGAGCCUUCUCUGGGCAAUCAGACCCAUCCAGUGCUUAAGACUAGAAGGGAAGAAGGUGCUUUAAUUCAAAGACUUUGCUCCUGAGGGCAAAGAGGAAUGGGGGUGCUCACUUUUUAUAUAUUUAUAUGAAAUUGGUAGUGAGAUAUAAUAAAAGCUUUUUUUGAGCUGGCGGGGACAUUAGCCUAGUCAGUCGUCCUCAAACUAUGGCCUGCGGGCCACAUGCGGCCUGCCUAGGACAUUUAUCCGGCUCACUGGCUGUUUUUGCCACUGAUGCCUGUCUUGCUUAGCAGCCGACUCGUCCCAGGGCCCGCAGUCUGGCCCUCCAAUGGUCUGAGGGAC